ACGGGAUUUGUUGAAAAUCUCGACCCCCAAACACUGGAGUGCAUUUAAAGGAACACUGGAAUAUCCUGGCCAACCCAACAGUAAAGAAAGCACCGUCACGCGUUCUGGGUGCGGGCGUUUCGGGCAACGUUCGCCAUUGCCCCGUUGCAGGAGCGAGCGAGUCAUACGCAGUACAAGAGAUCACAAAAAAAAGCCAGAGCGAGAGGGAGAGAGAAAAGCCCACGGACACAGGCGGCACGGAGGCAGAAGCGGAGCAGCUUCCAGCAAGCAACGUUCGGCGACAGUUUUGGUCGUGCACACAGCAGCAGCAGUAGCAGCAAGCCCCGUCCGGCAAACGGCAUCCGGAGCCAGAGAUGAUGGGAUUGGGUCGUUGGUUCAGCUGAACGCUGCCCCGACGACGGUCAAGCACCAUCAGCAGAAACAUCAUCGCCAUCGCCAGGCGCAUCAUCCUCCUGUAGAUCGGCGUCCUCAUCCGUCCAGCCGGGAAGCAGCGCCCCCAGUAGUGCCGCCCGUAGCCAAAUCGUAGCGCCGGAAGUCAAAACUUGGCACUGAGCAGCAGCAGCAGCAGCAUUAGAUAUCAUCCGGAAGUGUGCAGCAGCAAUCAUACGGAGACACACACGCCUGCAGCAUGAAUGAUGGUAUGCGCUGGAACUUACACCGCUGGCAUCGAGCAGCUGUGCAGCGGAGCGUAGCGCAGUAACGAUCAGAUGUCAACGGAGGCAUACGGAUGUGCGUGCGGGUGUGUUUGUGUGUGUAUGUGAGUGCACAAGUGCUUGGACGGUCCAUUCGAUAGACUAUUCCAUCCUAUCCUAGGUUAGCGUGUAAGUGCGUGCAGCAAAAAAAGGGAUUAAGAAGCUACGGGACACCCAAUCCAUUCCCCCCCAUUCCCACCAAACCAUACUGGGGUGCUGGAGGGAAGGAGCGUGUACCGAACAGUAGAAACGGGAACACGGCGGACGGUUCAGCUUCUCGUCGGCGAGUGCUGCAGACCGGCGGAUCGAAGCAGUGCCGGCUGAAACCGAGGAAUACAGGCGCGCGAUUGGGACGAGAAACGAGACGAGGACAUUUCGCGGAAGCGGAAGCGUUCCGUCUUUGUUGCUGCCAGCCUGCCGUUGGGCAAAUUCCGGCAGUGUGGCGGCAGGGCGGGCGGCCCGGCGCAGGCAACGGGCUCAGGAGCUGCUGGUGGCGGGGGUGGCGGCGGCGGCGGCGGCGGCGACGGCGACGGCUGCGGUAGCAACCCCAGCCCGCCAUCAGCAGUGGGGAGUGCCUGCGGUGGCGGCGGCGGCAGCAGCGGAGUCAAAGCGAUGGUCGUGUCAUCGUCGGGCCAUGGCGGCAGCGGCGGCGGUACCGGUGGAGGCCAUUCGGGCGGCAACAGUGCCGCAACGAGCGGCGGACAUCAGGCGGGCGGAGGGAGCGGUUCUACACGCAGCAGCAGCCAACGGGUGGCCCUGGUUGCCCCGGGUACGGGAAUGACACCGAAAGAGCUGUCGGACAACGAUGAUCUCGCUACCGGGCUCGUGCUCGACACGAUACUCGGAUUCCAGACGCACAAAAUGAGCCUCAAGUACCGGCCACUGAAGGCAGACAAGGACGAGAUCAAAACGAUCAUCGAGGAGUUCAUCCGCACACAGAACUACAGCAAAUGCUAUCAGCAGCUGCUCGCUGGUAGCUGGAUGCCACGCUCGGUGCUGAACAAGAACAAGCUCGCGCUGAAGCGGCUCGAAACCCACAUCUACCUGUAUCUGCGUGUGUUCGACCAGCAUUCCGGAUUCGUGAUUGAACCGUGCUACCGGUACUCGCUGGAGGGUCAGAAGGGAGCCAAAAUAUGUUCAACGCGUCGAUGGUUGCGCCACGAGAAGAUCGUAUGCCUGGUCGGGUGCAUCGCCGAGCUGAGUGAGCGCGAGGAAGCGAUGUUGCUCCAUCCCGGUCGCAACGACUUCUCCGUCAUGUAUAGCUGCCGCAAAAACUGUGCCCAGCUGUGGCUCGGUCCGGCCGCCUACAUUAACCACGAUUGUCGGGCCAACUGCAAGUUCGUACCGACCGGGCGCGAUACGGCUUGCAUCGAGGUGUUGCGUGACAUAGAGGUAGGCGAGGAGAUCACCUGUUUCUAUGGGGAGGACUUUUUCGGUGACAACAACUGUUACUGCGAGUGUGAAACGUGCGAACGGCGGGGAACCGGUGCAUUUAUGGCGCGCGCGGCCGAAGCAUUCGCCGCGCGAGGUCUGCUCGGUAACGGGACCGAGGUAAACCCGGCACUGCUAGGCGCUCACGGUGCAGUGAACUCUCUCGUCAACGGUGGCACCGGAGUGGGUGUGCGACUCGCGGAUGCCCUCAGUACAAUUGCACCGGGUGGUGUCGGGGUGAACGGAAUACCGGCCGGAUCAACGGUGCGCUAUCGAUUGCGCGAAACCGACAAUCGGUUGAAUCGUAUGAAAAGUAAAGGCAUGGGCCUCGGUGGCACCGUGUACGGCGGUAGUAUUGCCGGUGCAGCGGCCGUCGGCGAGGUGAUUGGCAAGGUGACGGGUCUCGGAAGGGAACCACCGCUCGGGCUUACCAUGAAAGAGCUGCGCGAGAAGGGCAUGACUAAGUACGAUGCGGAAAUGUUGCUUGCCCAGCAGAAGCACCACCAGCCGCAUUCCUAUUGCCCGGGAGCAGCAGCCACCAUUAGCAAUACUCGCAACAGUACUAACAGCAGCACCAUCGCCAACGCUACCACCACCUCGUCCAGCACCAUCAGUAGUAGUAGUAGUAGCUGCAGUAGCACUAGCGCCAGCACCAGUACCAGGACCAGCACAACUGCCAAUGAUUCGCUCAAGAGUGAUGAACUGCGUGAGAACGUAGCGAACGCCGAAGCGCGAUCUACCUCCGCGGCUCAGUUAAAACGCGCCACACGUGGUUCCACAGCUACAAAGUCUUCGACUGCAACCAAGCAGAAAGCGAUCCUAAUUUCAAACAGCGUGGAGCAACGCAGCAACCGAACUCGGCGCCAUAGCUUGCACGCCAGCCUGACAGCGGUCGUCGCCGAAGAAAGCCAGCGGAAGCAGAGGGAGGAAAGCAUACGCGAUCGAAGAAAUAGCUGUGCAGUGCCAUCCGCUGCUAGGGUGGAAGCGAUCGUUGCUGACGAUUAUGACUACUAUGAUGGCUACUCGCAGCUGGACAAUCUGCUCAACCUGGACUCCCUGGAUGACGAGCGUGCCAUGGCGGCUUACAAGCUGGCCUACCAGCAGCAGUACACCUCGCCGAAGCGUCUUGAAGGCGGACGGAAGCGUGGCUCACGCGAAAGAGGCCAGCAACGGCGCCAACGGAAGCGUUCCACCGACGAAUGUUCGCCCUCGCUGGUGACGGAUUCGAUUGUGCCGGAUGAUGUCAGCCCUCGCGUAACGCGUGGUAUGCUUCGCCAACGGGAAGAUUGUGGAAGCCGUGGCAGCAGCGCCGGUGGAGGAGUUAGCAAUGAUGUACGUAUCCCAGUGGCUACAACGCCCGCCGAGCCCGGUACCACGGUGGAAGUGAAGGUGUCGCGACCUAAGUCGAAAUCAAGCGCUGUAGUGGCGUCUAGUUCCGGUUCCAGCAAUGGUAUUGUCACCCGCCGGGCAUCACGUUCCCUGAGUUUGCUGAGCUCGUCUGCCUGUUCGGCGACCGAUGGUGGUGAACAUGAUGUCCGCGAUGUAGCAACGACUGUGACAGCAACAGCACCCACGCCACCCCUGUCGGUUGCUACAGUUCCCGAUUUUGGUAGCCGCAUCGUAACCCGCCGCAUGUCACGCCGAAAGUCGGGUCUGGUUGGUGGGGGUGAAGAACACGACGGCGUUGGCUCGUCAGCUGCGAUAACACUGGCAAACAAAAGCUCCAAUAGGGGCAACCGGCGAAAACAGCAGCUUCAAAAACGCAACGUCGAGGAUGAAGAUAAGGAGCUCGGAAGGAGAGUGGCGGAGAUGGAGGGGAAGGAUGAUAAUCAUACGACUGAAGAUGACUGGAUGCGGAAGCAGAAGAAGAGGGCAGACCAGACGUCGACCACUAGUGCGGCGGUUGGCCUGCUAAAGAGCACCAAACGCCAUUUCGCGACACCGCGACAGCGCAAGACUGCCGAAACUGUCGCUGACGCUGGCUGUCCCGUGGCCACUGCCAGGCACACCACAGGACAGGAUGCAGACAAGCGAAAUGGGAUGCACAACAGUGCGCGCGCAAAUCUCGCCAGCAGAUGGAAAGAGGGCAACGAAGAAGAACAGCAGGAGAACAAUGAUGAUGCCGAUGAUGAUGAUGAGGAUGAUGAGGACGAUUUGUGCUUGUCCGAAAUUAUCCGUUCGGCGAGAAACGAUACGGUUACUUCCAGCAGCGAUACUAAUGCAACAAAUGGACACCAGAGGGAACUAAGAGAUCUGUCCGCCCGAGUGGGUGACCCUCAAAGGCACCAGAAGCUAACCACCACCACCCGGAUCGCUGGCGCUACGCCAAAGGUAGCAAAAGGUGUGCAGAAUGGUGCUAGUCAACGAGGAAACUUCGAGGGCAGCCACUAUCUACGGCAAUCGCAGCAACCACUGUCAGCGCAGCACCAUGCCGCAAUCGAAUUGGUGUCGUCCGCGCCAUCGAAACCUCCCGGCAGCAGCAACUUCUCGUCCCCGCAACGACCAAAGCAGCAGAGGCCGACUGUGCCGGAUUCGGUGCUAAGUACACCGGAGCGUCGCGUGAAGUUGACAUUACGCAUGAAACGGAGUCCGGUGAUCGAUGAAAUCAUUGAAUCCGGGCACAAUCUUAGCGAAAACCAUGGAACGAAUCCCUGUAGCUUUCCACGCGAAUAUGAAAUCCUACGCACAGAGGGCAUCGGCCGAGAGCUGGACAGUGAUUCGGAGGUGGAGCAUGCCAGUGAGAGACGUGGACGGCCACGUAAAAAGCGACGACUGCGGCUUGACGAACAGGAGACAGAGCAGAAUGGUCAGUUGCCGCAUCAGCAGAAAGCUGUAAAUGACGUUGAAGUAAAUGAAGAAAGGGAGGAAAGAAAGCGAAAGGAGUUGGCGGAUGACGAGGAAGAUCUAACCUCGUACAGCAGCAGCUGCAGCAGUCGAAUGUCGCAGAAGCACUCGAAGCGCCACAAAGCGUCAAAGGAAGCGCGCCGGUUGCGAAAGCUGGAGAAGCGCGAACGACGCCGUCAGUUGUCUUGUUCUUCCAACCUUUCCUCCGUCACUGCAUACAGCCAGGGCGGGUUCCCGUCGGGCGACGACGGACCGCUGGGUGUCCACGAAUCCGAUCAGUCGGCGUUUAGCAUAUCUUCGUCGCUGAUGAGCGCGCGUCGUGCUGCCGAUGCAACAAUUGCACCGCAAGGCCCGCAACCGGGUGUCGCACCAGCUGGGUUAUUCCGUAACAACGUGCGUUCGCUCUCCAGCUUACAGUCUGCUCCAACGAUGAUUCCCCCGCAAUGGCGCGUCGGAAGUGUAUCACCGCCUCGUCAAAAUCCCGCAAAACGUUUAAGGUUGAUAUUGCGCAACGAAACGCACACCCGGGACAUACCACCGACGGUUGAGGCGAUGAUAGAAAAGAAUGAUCUGCCGGCUGUCGAGACGCAGCAGCUUGAAAGCAGUCAAACACAGUCCUCCGUAUCGAUUCGAAGCCGGCGUCAUAGCACAGAUGCCAGCAUCUUACCGGGUCCGUCUAGCGAUAGCCAGGACGUGGAUCUCCCGGCUAUCCGCAGCUCAGCAACCAACUGCAAUACCACCACGAUAACAAAUUCGUUCUGUUCUGAUAGUGCGAUCGCGAAGGACGGAAUCGACGGUGGUCUUCGGCAUGAUCCAAAUCAACUCAUUAUCGGCAAUCAUUCGUCUUCACGUUCAACUGCGCUUCGCACGACUGGCCAACAAUAUGAAGCUGUAGUCCCUUCGGAGGGUGGUGGUAAUCGGAAGCAAUGCGGACCAGUCCCAGCAGCCUUAUUUCAAAACAGCUUGGGUCCAUUGGCACAACUACAGCGCCCUUCGAUGGAUCCUCCAGCCGGGCGCAGGGCCAUAACUUUAACAAAUCGUCUCAAUACGGCGCAAGUGAAACGCGAAAAGGUGGCAGCGUCCAAAGCAGCCGCCCCGCAGGUCCAGCCACAUCCCCUGCUUCCGGCGGUGGCCAUGCCUGGAACAGAGGCGGUGCAUCAAAACAAGUCGUUUGAGAGCCAGCCCGAAUCCAGAAGGAGUCGAAGUAGGCGCCAUAGCACGCACGGUAACAUCCUGACGAGCGCAUCAAGUGACAGCAGCGACAGUGGCGAAAGUGAGGGCCAGGUAAGAGCGAACGAACAGCAGGAUGCACCGAACGCUAGACAGGAUGCGGGUGUUCAACAGCGUACUGUAAGGCGGCGAAGCUGUGGUGUUACCUCCGUAUCAACGUUGGCAAUGAAUGAUGCUGCAGGCACGCCUAAUGGCACCAAUUCGGCAAUGGAACGAAAUGCAUCUACCCAGGCUAACCAGCAUCAAUCGAUAAUGCCGCCGGCGCAAGGAUUCGAACCGGUGGUCUCAUCCGCUAGUAAUGUCUCCACCUCCCGCAAUGCGAUACUCAUCCCAAAGCGAACACUACCCAAGCGUCGCAUCACGCUCGACGAGGCCAGACAGUUGGUGCACGCGUGGAAGAUGAAGCUGGAUCAGCGCACUACGAUGGUGAACGAUGGUGAUGGUGGAAAAGCUUCAGUCCCUCACUCGGAUGCCUUAGCGACUGGCGAGGAGAGAGAGAAUCGAUCGGAUGCGGUAAUUUGCAAUACUCCAGGAGUGAUCGUAUGCCACGUUACCGGCCGUCGGGACCCUAGCGGUGGUGAUAGUGGUGUUCUUGCGCCCGUAAUCUCGUCACCACCACAGCCGGAAUCGUCCUACUCAUCGACCCCCCCAACCGUUGGUAGUACGGCUGUAUGCUCUUCUAACUAUGCGAUAGAGAACGCCUCUACCUACUCGGGCAAUGGUACUAUGGUCAAUCUGGGUGCUCUCAGUUCUUCAUCCAUACCACCGACGCUAGGAUUACCUGCUAGGAUUAGGCAAGCGAUAGAGCAAAGUAUAACGAGCAUUAGCGGGAAUUUGUCGGUUCUUCAUGACAAUCGGUCGCAGGAAAAGCAACCACACAUGAUCACCACGGGCAACGGCAGCACUAGCGGCGCCGCUAGUACGAGCAACCCCAUUGCGAAUAACAUUUCCACCUACCUCAAUCAGUUCCAGCAUCGAACCAAGCAGUCAGCAUUAGCCAGCCAGGAAGGUGGGCCCUCUCCGUCGGCGGAAGCGUCCGUCGUUACGCAGACCAGACGCAUGCCAAUCCAAGGCAGCAACGCUCCGAAAUGCAUCAGGCAUAUCUCCCAGUCCGAGACGGCAGUACCGCCGACCCUGCAGGUGCGGCCGACAAUGCGUUCAACGUUGCCCGAAGACCUCGUUAGGCGAAUCUUGGGUUCACUGGUACACCAGCAGCAUCCUACGAUGGUACCGAACAUUCAUUUGCUGCAACCGGACUAUCAAUCGGUUUGGCAAAACGGUGGAACACCAGCGAAUGCUGCACAUACCGGUGACGGUUUUUGUAACAUGCUAGCUAUUGUGCAAGUUGCACCACAACCAACAAAUUCGGCCGGUAGUGCGGCUGGAGUAGCAACUGCAGCGCAAGAUGAGAUGAUCGAGCAGAUGUUCUUGCGGUUGAUCCGGCAGCAGCAUCCAGUGUUGCGACCAUACGUCGACCUGCUGCACCCGUAUCACCAGAACGUGUGGCGCAACGGUGGUCAACGACCAGUAGACACUGACAGUGCGGUUAAUGGGGAGCCCCAUAAUUCCUCGUUAUCGGCGCAUCAGGGCGAUAACACUGGAGCAAUCAUCAUCUCUGAUGACGACGAUGAAGACCAAGGAGAUCUAGUCGCGCGGAGUGUGAAGAAUGUUGGCACUGGUGCGAGGGAAGGUACGGAAUCGUCGAUCAGUGGCGGCAGGAUCCUUUCGAAUGGUUCGACUAUGCACCCGACCAAGGACAAGGACGAUGAGCAGCAGCUAACGGCCAUGAAGGAUGGCAUUGAACCGCCGUCGGCGAUGGCGAGUCCGUUGCCGAAUGAAGAGAUGCGAAGUCGAAUCCUGCUAUCGAAGGCCACUGGACGACCAAUGCCUGAUGGGCACUACCAGAACAUCUGGCGCACUCCUUCCCAGUCCGGUGUCGCCACACGAGCGGUCGGUCGGUCUGCAUGUGCGUGUCCGUGUUGGUGUGUGGGUAGCCGGGUAGUGUCAGAACCAGAACGGGCGCGGGGGGUGGGAAGGGCCCAGACCCAGACAAUCAACCCCAGGAGGGGAGCGGUCCUUUGCAGGGCUAGGGCCCGGUGCGGAGACGGUGCGGUGUUUCGCUGGCGCGACAGUGGCGCGAUGGAGCGUGAAACGUCGAGUGAGAACGGCAACGGUGGGUCGAAGGUGGAAGGUGCAACGUUGAGUGAGGGGGGGCCACCCACACCACCACCGUCCACGAGCAGCAGCAGCAGCAGCAGCAGCAGCAGCAACGAUCAACCGAACACCGAUCAAUUGGCGCAAACCGGGGACAAUGGCAGCCCGGAGCGGAUUGCCGCGUUCAAGGGGCAGCUGCUGGCGUUUCUGGCGGAAGAAGGUGCGGAACAGCGGGCGGCGGACGGGAACGGGGACCCCGCGUGGGAUAUCGGUGCGUUCGAGGGGUACGGCCGGGGCCUGGUGGCCACCCGGGACAUUGCCGUCCACGAGCUCGUCUUCGUCGACCGGCCCAUACUGCUGGGGCCGCGCGUCAACAACUACGACGUGAUCUUCUGUGCCAGCUGCUACCGGAUCCUGAAGCGGUUGCACCUGUGCACCGGCGGCUGCCGGUUGCCGAUCUGUGCCCGGUGCGAUUACGGUGCCCGGCCGGUGUCGGCGCACGCCGCCGAGUGCACCCUGAUCCAGGGCUGGCAGCCGAAGGAUGCGGGCCGGUACGCGAAGCACAUCCUGUACGCGCUCACCUCGAUCCGCGGUUUCCUGCUGUCCGACCGGGACCGCUCGAUCGUGCUGCAGAUGGAGGGCCAUCCGCCGCGCAAGGAGAUGACGACCGAGAUCGAGCGGCUGCUGAAGGAUGGGUACUUCUGGAACCUGCCACCGGACGGGGCGGACGUGCGCUACCUGCGCCAGCUGGUCGACGUGCUCAACACGAACGCGUUCGAGACGAGCCGGGUGGUGGUGGACGAGGAGAACAACGAUCACGAGAUCAUUCUGCGCGGUCUGUACGUGCUCGGUGCGAUGAUGAACCACUGCUGCCGGCCGAACGUGCGGUACGUGUUCGACGAGCAGCUGCGGAUGCGCGUGUACGCAUCCCGGCCGAUCCGGCGGGGUGAGCAGAUCCUCAACAACUACUCCAAGAUCCUGUGGGGCACCCAGCACCGGAUCAUCCAUCUUUGCUUCUCCAAGCACUUCCUGUGCGCGUGCGACCGCUGCAAGGACCCGACGGAGUUCGGUACGUACCUUGGAGCGCUCAAGUGUGUGCGGGAGCGGUGCACCGAGGGUCGACUGCUGCCGGUUAACCCGCUCAAGAUCUCGUCGAUGUGGCGGUGCAACCGGUGCGACCUGAAGCUGGACAACAUCAAGGCCUCGAAGAUACAGGAGAUCGCGAGCCGGAUGGUGCUGAACAACGCGAUCAAGCGCGAUUCGGCCCACAUCAUCGCCUACCUGAGCGAGCACCUGGUGCGGUUCCUGCUCCCGACCAACCAGUUCACCGUCGAGCUGAAGCUGCAGGCGAUCAAGAAGAUCCGGGCGGAGGCGCGCCAGCCGGACGAGCUGCGCGCCAAGGAGCGCUACUGUCUGGAGAUACUGGACCUGCUCGAGCGGCUCCGGUACGGCGAGUGUUUCAUCAAGGGUGUCCUCUGCUACGAGCUGUUCGUGACGCGCGUCACACUGGCCGAACUGCAGGAGCAGCAGCAGCAGCAGCAGCAGCAGCAGCAGCCGGAUACUAGUGGCCCCGCCCGGACGGACGAGGCUAACCUGGAGCGGCUCCGGACGGCCUGGCAGAUACUCCGACCGAGCGGCAACCGGCCCCGUGAUCUCCACAAAUUGGUUGUGACCUACGGGAUUGAGUGAAUCGGUUUGCUUCCUGGACGACGAUCCAGGCAGGCAGGAAGAAAAGAAAGAAGUAGAAGAAGAAGAAGAAGAUAAAAAAGAAGAAGAAGAUAAAAAAGAAGAAGGAGAAGAAGAAGAGGAAUUGUAAAGAAGAAGUUAAAGAUGUACAAAAAACAUAUCGACACCUCGCGAAAACUGCUCACAUUGUGUUGCUCACCCGGUGCCCCCCCGGUGCGUGCGUACUUGCGAGUUUUUGGGGGCGAUUUCAUGACCUGGGCCGGGGGCACGACACGUUUCGAUUUUGAUAUCGCACGCACACACACGAACGCACGAACGCACGCACGCACGCACGCACGCACCCAGGCCUAAAGUGACUUGGGCGGAAUGGAGGCGCCUGGUUGACGGAAUGGCGGAAUGGAGGCGCCUGGUGCGGCGACGGAACGGCCUCGACCGUCUCGGGACCCUAGGGCGCUAGGGAAGAGCUUUCCUGUAAUUGUGCCAGCUUGUAGGGUUGAUAUACGGAUACGGAUAGGCUCGGAUCCGGGCAGGAUCCAUAGAUAGGCAACCACAUCGAUAGUUCCAAACCAUUUGCGGGGGGUUGUAAAACCCACUCCAGUGAGUGAGUGAGGGGGAGAGAGAGAGAGAGUACUCUCUCCCAGAGGAGGAGGCCACGGUUGUAUUCUUGCUCAAAUUGCCACCACGUGGAAUCGUGGCCAGCGUCCCCCCUGCGAUGACGUCAGACGGAGCGGAGGAACCAAAAGAAGGAACACAAAGAACGGUAAAAAAAAACAUUUUCUACGUCUCUACCAAAAUUGCACAUUUUCCGGGGGUUUCUAAUUGAACUUUAAGUGGUUAAAUAAGCGAUUCAAUGUGACAGAAACUUUAAAACGGUAAAAAACCAACAACCAACCAAGUUGCAUAAUUUAACGGUGCAUAUAUUUUAGCUGUCUGGGAGAGGGAGGGAUGUGUUUGUUACGGUCCGGGUACAUUUGAUCGGUUAUUUUGUCACUUACCAGGUGUAUGCAUAUGAAACCGUCUUUUUCGGUGUAAGGCUACAUCUACGCUAAAUGGAGCUGUAAAGUCAGUGUCUAAGUGUUUUAUUUUGUUCAUUAGGCAUCCGUUGAACAUAAUCGGUAUGAAUUUUUUCUAAUUUGACACUAUAACAAAUAUUUUCAUUGCGAUUAAAAUGGCAAGUUCCGCUCUCAAAAAACUGCUAUUCACCGACAUCGUUCGGUUUUUGCCACCAUCUCAAAAAAUCGGCGGCCGAAUCGCAUCAAACUUUUAAUGAAGGUUACGGUGGGUACGCUCUUACUGAAACACAGUGCAAAGUGCGGUUUAAAAAAUUUAAAAAUAGUAAUAUUGAUGAGAGAACCACCAACCAUCGAAAAUGUUAGAAGUCAAUGUAUCAAUUAAUUAAUUAAUUAAUCAAUUAAUCAAUUUCGACCGAAACUUGUGAAAAAAAUCCAUCGAAAUAUUGAAAACGUUAAAAUUGACCUAUUAUAUUGGUAACAAUUACCACUUGCGGCUAACUCACUAGACUUGACUCUAUCAAAUAAACAUUCAUUUGCAUCGCUUGGGACAGGUAAUGGCCGAGCAGCGCUUCCUUUUGUUCGAAAAUGUGAAAAAAUUUAUGGGUUUUGAAAAAGUGGUACAGACUGGCGGUUUUUUUUAGGUAAGGCAUCCAAAAAUCGCCUAAGAUAUAGUUGAAAUGUGUAGCUAACGACUUUGCCAUAACUUUGCAGAAUAUUUUCUAAGAAUAAGCGUAUUUUUCGCAAAACAGAAAGGUCGGUUUCAUAUGCAUACACCUGGUAAUUAUCAAUUAGAAACCCUGACAAUGGGGCAAUUUGGUCGAGAUGCAGAUAUGGGUUAGUUUUACGCAAAAAACAAACGUUCUGCUCCAAAAAUCUCACCAACCAUUUCGGUUAUUGGUCGGUUCGGCUUGUGCCACGGUGUGCGUGGGUGUGAUUGUGCCACGCCAACAGCCGCCAUUAACUCGCCAAGCACGGAGCCGAUAUUUACCGUGUCGGAUAUCCAAAAUAGGACCCCGUUUAUACAUGUUACUAUCUUCCUCACAGAUUCGCCUAUUUAAGCCGUACGCUAAACCAAACUAUUGGCACCGGUGUCGCUAAAAUAAAAACAGCAGCAGGUGGCCUUAUUUGAUUGUCCGACGCUUCGCGAAAAGGACGAUUAUUACGUCAAAGAAUCAAUCGAUCUUAUUCAUUUAAAGCAUUUUUAAAAAGGUCACACCAGUGCCACAGGAAUGCCACAUAGUUUGAUUUGGCGUACUGCUUAAAUUGGCUAAUCUGUGAGGAUGUUAGUAACAUGUAUAAAAGGGGGUCCUUUUUCGGACGCCCGACACUGCAUAUAUAAAUAUAUAUUUAUUCCUUUUAUUCCCCGUUCUUCUCGCUUCCAUACGGUCUCGCGCGGAGCAUUUUUGUGGAGCCCUGUCCCGUCUUUGUGCCCGCGCGCGGCACCACGUUCGAUCUUCCAAUUCCUUCGCACGCGUACGUCGCGGAACACACCCACACAUACACGUUUAAUAAAAAAUCUCACUCGGCUCAACGCGCACUUUUCGCCAGGACGCAGUUUUAGGGGUUACUCAAAAGUGUGCGUGAUGUUCUUCGAUUACCAAAAAAAGGAAAGGGAAAAGACCACAAAAAAAAAGCAGAAAGAAAGAAA